GUGAGUGGCGGGAAUAAACAUAAAUAUAAAUGACGUGUAAUGUACAAUAACGCAUACUAAUUCAUGUCAACAUUUUUCAAUUUUACGGAUUUGUAGCCUCUCUUCGUUUUGUCGUAAUACCAAACGAAGAUAACACUGAGCCAGAGCAGACCAGGUCAGAGCAGACCAGGCAUGAGCGACGCACACCUGGGCGAAUGGCAGAGGAGGUCCUUUGACAUUUCAUCUGGCAGCUGUACACCUGAACAGACGGCCGAUGCCUACCGGGCCCACAUCCUCUCCAUUCAGUAUGCAUGGGCAAGCUCCCAGCUCUCUCAGGCCGGCAUGGCCAGCCUGUUCAGGACCUACUCAGAGCGCUAUGCUGCACUGCUGGACUCGGAUGACCCCCAAACAGGGCUGAACAACUAUGCAGAGAGUGUGCUCCAUCUGGCCCGGAAUCAGAAGAACUACAGUGACAAAUGGGAGUCCUCCCUCAGCAUAGAGAGUGUGAUGCAGUUUCCUUCUGUGCAGACGAUGAUUCAGGCUAAAUCAGAGGGGGAAAGCUUUACGGUGGACCCUGCUGAUGUUAACAUACCAGUGGGAGUGGAAAGCAGAGCAAGCAACCCCCCCGCUCCCUUUAGUGCAGCCAGGUCAGAGGCUGCCUGGUUAAAAGCAACGAGAACACCACAGUCUAGCUCAGAGGUUAAUAACACAGCCGGUAAUCUUACUCAUUUUUCAGCGGAGACGCCAACAUUUCCAGACGUUAUCUCAGGAAAUCCAAAUCCUUUCCCCCAACCCUCAGCCCGAUCACAGCCUGCCUUUAGUUAUCCCUCCUCGGCUUUUCCACAGGGGAACCCCCGUCCUACGGCAGGCUCAAACAAACCUCACUCCUCUUUCUUCCCAAGCUCCAACUCAGCUAAACCUACAAUUUUUUACGGUACAGAUGGAGUGAAUGGUGGCAGGGCGCAACCCGGGGCUCAAGGAGGCAACGACCUGCGAGCCGUGGGCAACUUCAAAACGGCCCGCGACCAGUUCAUCGUUGACCAGCAGAGGAAGCACUCCCACCAGGCCCAGAGGGGCCAGACCUCUGGCAUGCCCGCGACCAUCAAGAAAUCCCUCGGGGCGAACAGGUCCCGGGGGGCCUUUUCAAAAUUCGUGUCGCCCCUCCCCCGACAGGAGGACGAAGACUGCGCGGCAAGCCGACAUUCCGAUCAGGAAGGCCAAAUCCUGGAUGAGCGGCUGAAGAACUUCGAGCCGAAGAUAGUGGAGCUGAUCAUGAGUGAGAUCAUGGACCACGGGCCCCCUGUGGCCUGGGAUGACAUCGCAGGCCUGGAGUUUGCCAAGACCACCAUAAAGGAGAUUGUGGUUUGGCCCAUGCUCCGGCCCGACAUCUUUACCGGUCUCCGUGGGCCGCCUAAAGGGAUCCUGCUGUUCGGACCCCCGGGGACGGGGAAAACGCUGAUAGGAAAAUGCAUCGCCUGCCAAUCCGGCGCCACUUUCUUCAGCAUCAGCGCCUCCUCGCUCACGUCCAAGUGGGUGGGCGAAGGAGAAAAAAUGGUCCGGGCCCUGUUCGCCAUCGCCCGCUGCCACCAGCCCGCCGUCAUCUUCAUCGACGAGAUCGACUCGCUGUUGUCCCAGAGGACGGACGGCGAGCACGACUCCUCCCGCCGGAUCAAGACGGAGUUCUUGGUCCAGCUGGACGGGGCAGCCACGGCAGCAGAGGACCGCAUCCUGGUGGUGGGGGCCACCAACCGGCCGCAGGAGAUCGACGAGGCCGCCCGCCGCCGGCUGGCCAAGCGGCUGUACAUCCCCCUGCCCGAGGCGGCCGCCCGCCGGCAGAUCGUGACCAACCUCAUGGCUCGAGAGAAGAACCAGCUGAAGGAGCCCGAGCUGGACAGCGUGGUGACGGCCUCAGAGGGCUUCUCCGGAGCCGACAUGACGCAGCUGUGCCGGGAGGCGGCCCUGGGGCCCAUACGCAGCAUCCACCUGGCCGACAUCGCCUCCAUCACCGCCGACCAGGUGCGGCCCAUCGCCUACUGCGACUUCCAGGAGGCCCUGAGGACCGUUCGGCCCAGCGUGUCGGCCAGAGACCUGGAGCUGUACGAGCAGUGGAAUCAGACCUUCGGAUGCGGACGUUAAAAUCUGCUCCUCAGCGGGGAUCAACACGUGUGUGUCACAUUACUUCGGCCCUAUGGUUCAUAGAUUGGUGACUAUUGAU